CCUAUAAAACCCUUCUUCUCAGACCAACUGAGCACAGGACUUAAAUGAAAACAUCUGAAGCAUCAGGAAGCUCUCAGUCACAAACAGAAAAAACUGCAAAGCAACAGAAACUGCAAGUGCAACGUAACAGAAAAAUGCUUCGAAUUUUAAUUUGGAUCAGUAUCUUGGUAAUCAAUUCAGAUGCUGCUAAGAAAAUGAUUAUCAUUCCGCCACCAAGUACUGAGAUCGACACGGAUACGACAAUCUACUGCAGAGUUUCGGGAGGAGAAGCAGAAUUCCAAUGGUUCAAACCUAAUGGUGAAGAAAUUUCUGACAAUGAUGAUGAUCUUCGGGUAGAAACGGUGGAUGAAGAAACUUCUAAGCUGAUCAUUGCAAAAAUACAAUUGAAACACAAUGGAGUGUACAAGUGCAAAAGCAUCUUUGAAGAUAACCAGGAGAAAGUCUCCUCUAUAUCAAUCAGUGUUACCAAGAAGAUCUCUAUAUCAAACACAGACACCUAUAAGGAAUUUCUAGAAGGAUCAAAUGCUGUACUUUCUUGCAAUGCGACUGGGAUUCCUGCUCCUGAUAUCAUCUGGCUGCAUGACAGACUUGAUGUGACCAAAAAAAAUGAUGGUGC